AUAGACUAAAACAAGAACCGACCAUGUGUCAUGUUCAGUUUGUGUAUCAUGUCUCUGCUGCUCCUCGCUCUUGUAAGCCGACUUAUAUCUCAGCACCGUCCACGAUCGAGAUGACGGUACCCUCACUUAACUGACCUAUCUUCUUCCCCACAUCAAAAUGAAGCGCCUCCCUGCCACCAUCUCCCUCCUCGUCAUCUCUACCUUCUCCUCUUCAGUUCUCGCAUCCGUCCAAUACACAACCUGCCUCCCCACCCCCCUCCUCUCCUCCCCUAUCCCAACCUGCCCCCUCGAGUCAGACGGCAGUUUCUGGUCCCCCACCCCCUGGUGCCCAACCCCAUCAGACGGCUACGAGUCCGGACCCCCCGAUUGCAUCUUCACCACCCCCCACAUCCGCAACCAAGGCCUUUCCGUCAUCACCUUCCCCCCCUUAGCCGCAGCUUUAAUUUCCCCUGCCCUUGAUGACUCCCUCAUUCCCCCUCCCUUCCGCCGCUUCAACACCUCCGCAGAAAAAUGGAAAAUCGCCCCUCUCCCCAACCGCGGCCUUGGUCUGGUUGCAACAGGCAACUUCAAACAACACGAGACGAUAAUGGUUGGCUUUCCCGUCUUGAUCGUCAGGUUGGAGUUUAUCAAUGGGGAUCGGUACUCGGCCAAGAACAAGAGGAGGAUGCUGGAUGUGGCGGUGGGAAAUCUGCCCGAGGAGACGAGGAGGGAGGUGGAGGGGUUGGCGAGGAGUAAUCCUAGCAAUGAAAAGGAUUGGGUCGUGGACGUGCUAAGGACAAACGGCUUCGGGAUUGAGAUUGCGGGGGAGGGGCACUUGGCGCUUUUUCUCGAGGGGUCGAGGGUGAAUCACAACUGCAGGCCGAAUGCGUUUUGGAGGUGGGUGCCGAGUAAGAUGGCUAUGGAAGUGGUUGCUCUGAGAGGAAUCGGAAAGGGGGAGGAGGUGGCGCAUAGCUAUGCACCGCUCGGGUACACUCAUGAGCAGAGGAAGGCGGUCCUUCAGCCGUGGGGGUUUCAGUGUCAGUGUGCACUUUGCGCUGCGCCGGCAAGGGAAAGGGAGGCUGCUGAUGAUCGGCGAGACAGGAUCCUGGAGAUCUACCAGACGUUGGGGAAGGCUGCUGAGUUGGGGAGUGUGGAGAGGGUUGACCAGCUGGUCAGGGAGGCGAUGAUGUUGAUCGAAAAAGAAGAACUACAGCCGCAGCUGGUGGAGUAUUAUGCCCAUUUUGCCAGAGCUUACAUCGAGCUGAACGAGCUGAAAAAGGCAGAGGUAUUUAUCCAGAAAGCAGACGAGAUGUGGCUUUUGUAUGGAGGAGAAGAGCAUGAAAAUGUUGAUGGGAUGUCUGAGUUAUGGAAGCAGUUUGCAGAGGCAGUAUCGGAGAUGGAAGACGACUGAUGACACAUACUCUGAGAGGCUAGGCCUUUUGGCCUCGAAACUCUUGCUAUUUCACCACCCAUU